CGUUUAUAUUUUUACGGUGUGUUUAACCAGGUUGGGUUCAUUGUUUUUGCUGUGCAGCUUCAUCUGAAGAGGGUUUCUGAGAUACAGAGGAAGGGAAUGAAAAAUUCAAAUAGAGGGAGGAAGAGGAGGGGAGGAAGAGUGUGUGUUAGAGGGGAGGGAACACCAGAGUGCGAGUGUGUGUGUGUCGGAGAGAGAGAGAGGCAGGCGAUCGAGCAGGGGGUGGAGAGUUAGGCGGCGGUGGCAGCGCUGCAUCAUCACUAUAGAGCCGCUACAGCAGAGAGGAGGUCCACAUUCAGUCUCACUGGAAGUCGGCCAGCAGCCUCUCCAGAAGCUCCACGUCCUGCCGGCUUCACCUCUGGAUUCAUGAUGCUGCCUGAAAACAUCUGCAGUCAAUGUGAAGCCUCCAGAUGUGGCGGGGCAGUCCUGACGGGAAAGCGUUAGCGCCGGAGCUGCUGUGUUUUGUUUAUUUUUGUUUUUGGAUGGCUGCUUGUGGCUGCGCGCCGGAGCGAAGUGCUUACCUCAGGAUCUGUAGUCGAGGGAGGGGGGCGUGAGAAGCAGCUGCGAGGGGAGGACGGGUUGCACUGCAGCAUCAGACUGGCAUCUCUUGUUCUACUUUUUUCCCCCCCGCUUGCCUGUCGAGGUUGCACACAUGCAGCAGCAGCAGCAGCAGAGCCCGGCUGCAUUCUGCUUGCACCGACGCUUUCCUGCUACUUUAAGGACAAGCCGCUCUGCCCGCUGAGCCACAAAAGAUGCUGAUUUAAGAAGAACGGGCGCUUUGUUUUUGGAGCAACUUCUGGAUUAGCAGCGAUAAAGAGAGAGAAAAAGGAAAGCGGACGACAGGAUGGCGGCGAUGGUGGCGGCGGCGUCCAGCUGAGGCCGCCUCCCCUUCUCCAAUCCAAACAUGAACUCCUCCUCUGACGUCAACCAAAGCGACUCUCCCCCGUUCUGCCUGCUGGGUGCUGUGGGUUACUCCCGCAGCCUGGACACCUGCGUCCUGGAAGUGGUCGUCAUCCUCUUCCUCACCGUGCUCAUCAUUGCCGGGAACCUGGUGGUGAUCUUCGUCUUCCACUGCGCCCCGCUGCUGCACCACCACACCACUAGCCACUUCAUCCAGACCAUGGCCUACGCCGACCUGCUGGUGGGCGUCAGCUGCCUGGUGCCGUCGCUGUCCCUCCUGCACUACCUCCGCGGCCUCAAUGAGGAGCUCACCUGCAAGGCGUUCGGCUACAUGGUGUCAGUGCUGAAGAGCGUCUCCAUGGCGUCGCUGGCGUGCAUCAGCGUGGACCGCUACAUCGCCAUCACCCGGCCGCUGUCGUAUGCCACACUGGUGACGCCGUGCCGCCUGCGGGUGUGCAUCGUCCUCAUCUGGAUCUACUCCGCGCUCAUCUUCCUACCGUCCUUCUUCGGCUGGGGGAAGCCCGGUUACCACGGAGACAUAUUCCAGUGGUGCGCCGACUCGUGGAAGACCAACCCGGGCUUCAGCACCUUCAUCGUGGCCCUACUGUACGCCCCGGCGGCGCUCACGGUCUGCUUCACCUACGGGAGUAUAUUCAAGAUUUGCCGGCAGCACACCAGGGAGAUCACGCAGCGCCACGCCCGCUUCAGCUCGCAGGCAGACGGCGAUAAAGGCGAGCGCUGCGAGGGCUGCCCGGACAAACGCUACGCCAUGGUGCUGUUCCGCAUCACCAGCGUCUUCUAUGUGCUGUGGAUGCCAUACAUCCUCUACUUCCUGCUGGAGAGCGCCGGCCUCUAUCACCACAUGGUGGCGUCCUUCCUCACCACGUGGCUCGCGAUCAGCAACAGCUUCUGCAACUGUCUCAUCUACAGCCUCUCCAACAGCGUCUUCCGGAAGGGCCUCGGCCGCCUCUUCAGCCCGCUGUUCCCCUCCUGCCUCGGCUGCACCGACGCAAAGAAGGCGCCGACACCCGUCAGCCUGCGACCCGACCCCCGCUGCCAGGUGUGACUGGACUUUUGGAUCCGGUUCGGUCGUUUCGGUUCCUGCUUUGCUCUCGGCUGCUUGACAGAAGGCCUUUUUGGUCCCGAGGCGUGUUGAGGACCCUCCACGGAGCACCGGGACGUCCUCGCUGAUGCCCGUCGGUCCUUUCCGAAGGCUGAUGUUCGUGGAAGCUGUGAAGUUCCUCCCAGGAUGAAUUCUCGACACGGAGUAUCGAUGAUUGAUUUGCGUCAGCUCGGAGGAUUUAAUAAACUCUCCUGCCUGCUCUGAUCUCAGAACUCCCAGAUGCAAAAAAACCAAAACAAAACAGGAAAGCACACUGCGCUGUCCGACCCACUGAGAUGCAAAAAAAGACUGAAAAAUCUGCAAAGUCAAAAAUCUUUCAGGGUAGAAUUAGGUGUUGCAAAAAAAACAAUCAUGAAACGGAUCUGUUUCUCCUUUAGGGAGCUCCAGAUGCCCAUGAUUGUGUAAAAAGUCAUUCGCUGAGAAAUCAUCCUGAUAAUGAGCCUGUGAGUGAGUUAGAGACGGAGCUCAUUUCCCAGAGAGGAGAUUGAGGUUUAUUUGGAAGCUUCUGGUGGUUUUAUUAAAAGGAUUCCUCGCUUGUGAAGUCGAGGCUCCGAGUUUAUCGCCCGGUUUUGGGUUCCGCUGAAAAAAUGUUGAUUUAGCUUUACUCUCCGAGUUUUCCACGGCUCUCGUGAAAGAGACAAUAAAUAGUAUUUAUUUAGAGAGAUUUCCUCUCCGUCGUGCUUCAUCCUCAGGUUUAUCUGUGGGUCUUUUUAAGCCUCUUGCCUUUUUUUUAUUUUUUAUUUUUAUCUCGGCUGAAACAGAGCACCACUCUUAAAUCACAAGCCACGUAGCGUUGUAAGAUAAUCAACUUGAAUUGAUGCAAACUUCAGUCGUCUCUUUAACUUCACUGCACGUGUCUCUCGUCGUCACUGCUCGGAUCGGUUUUAAAGCAGAAGAGAAGCACUUUUCUGAGAGCUUGUAAAUACACUUAGAGUAUCGGUGUUUGAAGUGUGGCUGUCUGGUCCCGGUGGGGGUUUGUAGUCCACCUCCAGGACUCCAGAUGAUCUCCUGGAUCUGCUUUUUUUUUAAAAUUUAUUUAUUUGUCGCAGCCAAGAGGUCUGACGCGCUGCACUCAAACCUGUUUUUUCAUUUACAGAGAUAUUGGUUUUAAAGUCACGAUGAAAUGACGUUUCUGAGAGCGUCUUGCUCCUGAAUUUACUCAGCAAAAGAAGCUGAAAGUGAAGGUUGUGGAUCAAAAGCUCGCCCAGGCCUUUCUGUGCCGUUUGUCUUUCAUGAUUUGGGCUCUUUUGAUCCUAAGAGGAGGCUUGGUUUUUAAAUCAUGCAUUUUGCUCUCUAUCAAACCACUAUGCUGAAAGAAAUCCGUAUUUUCCUCGAUAUGAGCAUGCAGAAUAUGCAGUAAAUCACAAGACUAAAAGUAACUGAAGGGCAAACCGCAGUCUUUGCACUGUUGGAUGUGUGGUGUGAUUUAUUUAUUUAUCGAUGGGUUCGUUAAACGGUGAACUUACAGUCAGCUGCUAUGAGUUCAGAUGAAGGACCCGCUGUUCGAUGCACCGAACCGUUUGUCAGGAAGAAACCGUCAGAUGAGCCUCAGCGAAAGCUCUAUUUAUAGUUUUAUCCUCUGCUGUUGUGUGUAAAUGCAAAAAAGGUCCUUUUUAUGAAUCUUUGAGGGUGAUCAAUAUGGGAUUUGUAGGCCCGACAUCUAAAACGGAAAGAUAGAAUAACACAAACUUCAGCUCAAAACUUUGUUGGUUUAGGUUUUUUUUUAAUAUUUAAUAAAAGGAGAACUUUCCCACAUUUAUCCUCCAGCAUUGAUUGGCUGUUAGCGCUAACGUAUAGCCAGUCAAAUUGUUGAUUUAUCAUUUUUAAAAUCUAUUUUUAUCAUCAGUCAAUUAAGAAAAGACAGCAAUUUAUUAAUUCUGAAUGUUGGAUUCAAUAAUUAAUCAACAUACUUGAUAGUAACCGAGGCAAUGGCUAAGCAACAUCGGCUAAAUUUAGCUAGGCUAGUUACCUGUAGUAGAAUUCACCUGGUUUAUUGUGAUUGAGUUACUUUUAAAUCACAAUUUAAAUAAUUUAUUAUAUUAAGGUUGUAGUCAACCAAAAAAAGAUGUUGGUGGCUUCAACCAAUCGAUUGAUCGGAGGGAAAAGCUAACCAAAUUUAUGGCUAAUCCUUUAAGCCUAAGUAUUGAACAUGUAAAUCUUGUUGUUUGCAUUAAAUUAAAUAAUUUGAUAUCUGAUUAUGUUAUGCUGCAGCUGCUCAUAUUCAUACAAUUUCCUAAAAAAUAGAACUAUUCCAACUGGUGAUGCAGCACAAAAACUGUUCAAGAAUGUAAAAUAAUUAAUUUAGCUGCUGUUCUUAGAUGAUCUGAUGUCUCGGUUGUUGAGCUGAGAUACACAAAGUGCAGUUUGUGAAGUUUACACUUGAGUUUCUGUCCAUGACUUUGAACAAAAUGCUGCAGCACUAAUUUAUUUAACACAUUUUCAUUUAACUUGGAGCCGAAUAGACGUGCAUUAAACCCAUUAGUUUGGGUCAGUUCAAAGCUAUGAAAACAUGGAAGUGUUUACAGAUAGUUCGCUCCUAUUGCGACCAAAAAUAAUGGAUUGAUCUUAGAAGGGAGGCUUGUAAUGUAGAGCUUCAUGCUUAUUUAUGCAACACUAGUGGUUGUAGAACCAAUGAGAAUGUGGUCCAAUCAGAGCAUAAUGACCAAAAAAUUCAGCAGUUGACCUAGUAUGUUAGUAUUUUUGGAAUUUGUCCUUUUUCCAACCAGUGGAGCUUUAAAAAUGAGUUUGAAACCCCUUCAGAAACUAAAACUGGUACUGUAGUAGACAUCUCAUUGGUGCAUUUACCUGUAGUAUUGCUAAUAAAGAAAAAUCUGCAUGUUUGAAUCAGUUACCACAAUGUUCUUUGUAAUUUACCACAAAAAAGUUAUUUUAAGGACUUUGCUGCUUUUCUCUUGCGACUGUCCAGUCAAUGAGAAUUUGGCUGAACCACAACACAAUGACUGAGAAAAUUCACCAGUCGACCAACUAUAACAUUUAGUAUGUUAUGUUUGUUGUAAUUUGUCCCAUUUUUCCAGACAAAGGAGCUUUAAAAAUGAGUUCAAAACUCCUUCAGAAACUAAAACUGGUACUGUAGCGGACAUCUCAUUGGUGCAUUUAUUUGUAAUAUUGAUAGCAAAGCAAAGUCUGCACGUUUCAAUCAGUUGGCCGCGAUUUUAUGUGUAAUUUUCCACAUGGAAAGAUUUGUAAGACUGUGCUACUUUUCUCUUGCGAUUGUCCAAUCAAUAACCGUUUGGUCGUAUUGGAGCAUAAUGUCCAACACAUUUACAAGUCAACCAACUAUAACAUUUAGUACAUAGGGAUGGGUAUCGUUAGGUUUUUCAUGAAUCCGAUCCCGGUUCUGCUUAUCGAUUCCGGUGCCAAACGAUUCCUUAAUACGAUUACCGUAUUAUUAUCAUAUUAAGGAAUCGUUUGGCACCGGAAUCGAUGAGCAGAAUCGGAAUCGGAUUCAUGAAAAACCUAACGAUACCCAUCCCUAUUAGUACGUUAGAUUUUUGGGAAUUUAGACCUUUUUUCCAGCCAAUGGAUUUUUCAAAGUGAGUUUGAAACUAGAAGUUGCACUGUAGCGGACGUCAAAUUGAUGCAUUUAACCUUAAUAUCAAUAAUAAAGUAAGGUUUGCACGUUUGAAUCAGUUGGCCACAGUUUUGUUUGUAAUUUACCACAUAAAAAGACCAGUUAUUUGUAGGACUUUGCUGCUUUUCUCUUGCGAUUGUCCAACCAAUGGCCAAUAAAUUCACCAGUUGACCAACUAUAAUAUUUAGUAUGUUACAUUUGUUGGAAUUUGUCCCAUUUUUACAACCAAUGGAGCUUUUAAGGUGAGUUCAUAACUCCUUCAGAAGCUAAAACUGGUACCAUAGCAGACACCUAAUUGGUGCAUUUAUCUGUCAUAUUGACAAUAAAGAAAAGUCUGCACAUUUCAACCAGUUGGUCGCAAUUUCAUUUGUAAUUUAUCACAUAAGAAGACCAAUUAUUUGUAGAUUCUUGAUCAUAUUUCAACGUAUCGACAAAUCAAUUCACUGGUUAGCCUGCACACUACAGUCCUAACAUUGAUUUAUCUGUAAUUAAUAGACAGUGUAUCAAAAGUUAAAAGUACCCUGAACAUAUUUGAGUUUUCAUGCUUUUAUUUGGUCAGUAUUGUGCCCUGAAUAUGUUUUUCUGUAAAGCAAACAAAAAUAUUUGGUCACUGUGGUAUCAAAUAAGUCCUCACAGUUUAUUAAAUGUGUAUUGAAUGGUUGGAAAAGAUGUUUCAGAUGAGAUGGUGAUAGUUUUUAUUUCACUGUGACGUUAGAAGAAGUGCAGAAUUGAGUCACAAACACGUUUUCGGAGGUUGGGCUGAGGUCAGGGUUUAACUGUGGAGACAAACCGACCCUGCUUCCACCACUAUGUGCUAUUUAUACCACGUUUUUUUUUUUUAUACCUAUGUAACGGUGUCUGUUAUGUACAGAAAAUGUAAUUUCCUGCAAAGAUGUUGACACGGUUUGAUUCCCCUCCGCGACUUCUAUCUGCAUGAUUCUGGUUCGGUCUGGAUCAGCGUUUUUCUGUCUCAUGAUGCUACUGAGAGAAAUUUACUGACUGCACUCGUUGUCUUAAUAUCCUAACUACUGUUACGUAACGGCUCAACGUUUUCCUUUAUGAGAGCAGAGAGUUCCUGUUUGCUCACAAAACAAGAAUGACCUACAGAAAACCCUCUGGUCUGCCUGUGGUUCCUCUUCUGUCAGACAAAAUCGCGCAAAUCUGCAUAAAAAUUAGCUUAAAGCAACAAUCAGGUUGACAAAUACGACACCAGAGGUGCCGGUUAACGUACUGCAGUUUUGUGUUGUUUUUCCUCGACAGCAUCGAGUUGGUACAAUAGAGCUUUCCCUCAAACCACAAUAAACAGAAAUCUGAAGGAAAGGGCUUUAAUUGUUGUUCAGCAUGUGACCUGAACUUUGAAAAUCUGCUGCAGAUUGUUGUAAAUACCAAUGUGUAACUGUCUGAUUAAAACGAGACGUUCCGUUUACUGUC